AUGGCAAUAUACGUGACAGAUCUAAAGGAGAAAGAUAUCCCUGGAGCAGUGAAAGCUGUGCAAGAAGCAUUCGCAGGGGAUCCGUACAACGAAUGGGUCUACGAUCAUAAGAAUUUUAAUCCCCGAAGGAAUUCAGUAUCCCUCGGUAUCCGAAUGCGAUGGGGCAUGCGCAAUGGUAUUUUUCAUGUCGCCAAAGAAGAGGGUAGCGACAAAGUCCUCGGUGUCGCCAUGUGGUUGCGUCCACAGCCAGCAGAUCAACCUCUUACAUGGAAUGACUGGCUUGAGAGUUGGCGACUCUACUUUGGCCAAGUGUGGAUGAAUUUGGUCUAUGGCCGGGGAGGACUCAACGUCACAAGAUACUACAUCUGGAAGGACGCCCAAGAAAAAGCUCAAUCAGAAGUUUGGUCAGACUCCCGAGGCUAUUACUUUCUUAACAUCAUGGUCGUUUUACCUGAGGCUCAAGGGAAGGGCGUUGGAGCAAAGAUGAUGAAGGUCGUGACUGAACAGGCCGACGCCGAGAACAUGAAGUGCUAUCUUGAGUCAAGCCGAGACAAACCUAACGUGGCUAUUUAUGGUCGCUUUGGGUUCAAGCUACAGACAGAGAUGAUUUGCGAUGAUGACGGGGAUGCCAUCAAGCUGUUUACUAUGAUCAGAGAGCCCCACGCAGAACCCAGUGAUGGGAAAUAA